AUGCUGAUAAGUUUCAGUGGUGCGACACAUGCAUGCCUUGUAUUUGUGGAUGAAAGCGGCAAACGAUGUGGUGAAUGGACGAUGCAGCAGGGGCUGAAUUGCUGCUUGCAGGGGUUUGAGGCUGCCGAUCGAGUUGCGAAAUGGAUUCGGGCAGCCAAAAAGAAAAUUGGUAUUACUGGUCCUCUUGCUGCUGUGGGAAUGGGCCUUUCGGGAGCCGAAGAUGAGGCACACAAUCAAAGAUUUGUUGAUUUUUUGAAGGAUCAGCAUGGUGAUGUUGCUUUUGAGUUUCUGCUAGCUUCCGAUGCAGUUAUUGCGAUCGCCGCCUCAUUUCAAAAAGGUGGUGUGGUGGUAGUCGCGGGGACGGGCUCCAGCUGUCGCCUGUUGAAAGCGGACGGAAGCGUGCAUGGCGUUGGCGGUUGGGGGCAUCUUAUUGGCGAUGGUGGUAGCGCUUAUUGGAUUGCAAGAAGGUAUGUACAGAAGAAG